GGUGAACAACUCAGUCGUCACCUGAAAGUAAAACUAGAGGAACAUCAUAAAACCAUAAUACAUGGGAAGACAGAGAAACCAGGCAUGGUCAAUCCUUUGUUCAUUUGUAGAGGAAGAAAAGGAAGUUACUGACCUUUGUGGAACAACUAGACAAGACCAGUGGAAGAUAAGGUAACUGAAAGAUUUAGCUGAUAUACAAGGCUUUGAUAAUCUCCUCAGCUCGCCCAGCAACAAACAUCAUACUGGGGUGUUGAAUUAAGAAUAAAUAUUUUACCUACAAAUGAUCAGGGUUAAGUUCCCUAAUUUUCAUUGCCUAAUUCUUCCAUGAGAUAAUUACACUUAAACACACUUAAAAGUCUAGAAAAAUAUACAUCAUGGGCCUUCCCCCAAUGUCAAACAAACAAACAAAAAAACAUCUUUGACAUCAGUUUUCAGCAUUUCCCAUUGCGUUGCAGUGUGACGCCGUUACUUUCACUUGUAAUAUUUUCAGGAGGGACUAUUUCUUAUACUUCACCGCCCAUAUCUAUGAAAGACCUCAAGGACACAACUAUCAUCUGUUGAAGGAUGGGACGUUCAUCAAAAGACAAGCGAGAUGUUUAUUACCGUUUAGCAAAAGAGGAAGGUUGGCGGGCUCGCAGUGCUUUCAAAUUACUCCAGAUCAAUGAUGACUUCAAGAUCUUUGAUGGUGUUCAGAAGGUUGUUGAUCUUUGUGCUGCCCCGGGCAGCUGGAGUCAAGUCCUGUCCAAAAAACUCAGGGGCAAUUCCAGUGAUGGCGAGACCGAUACCAAGAUCGUGGCAGUUGAUCUUCAAGCAAUGGCACCAAUACCUGGGGUCACUCAAAUACAAGGGGACAUCACAAAGAAAUCCACAGCUGAAGAAAUAAUCAGUCAUUUUGAAGGGGAACAGGCAGACCUGGUUGUGUGCGAUGGGGCCCCUGAUGUCACUGGUCUUCAUGAUAUUGAUGAAUAUAUCCAAGCACAACUCCUUCUAGCCGCCCUCAACAUCACAACUCAUGUAUUGAAACCUGGUGGCACAUUUGUUGCUAAGAUAUUCCGGGGCAAAGAUGUCACCCUGCUUUAUUCUCAACUCAAAAUCUUUUUCCCACUGGUAACUGUCUACAAACCUCGCAGCAGUCGUAACUCUAGUAUAGAAGCCUUUGUUGUUUGUGAGAAAUAUUCCCCUCCAGAAGGUUAUCUACCGAACAUGUCUAAUCCAUUGUUGGAUCAACAAUAUGAUGUUGACUUCAACAACCUCACUGGACCGAACCGAAUCAUUGUCCCUUUCCUGGCUUGUGGCGAUUUGAGUGGCUUCGAUUCAGACAAGACCUACCCCCUCUCCUUGACUACCCAGAAGGAAUACAGCUACCAUCCACCCACCCAGGGACCAAUAAACCCACCCUACAAGGAAGCCUGUUACCGCAAGAAGAAUGAUCUUCUCUCGAAACCGGAAGUCACUCCCAGGCGUUCCAUCAACCGGAGCAGUGAUGCCUCAAACCGCUUGUCCAGUGACAUGGCUGACCUUAACCUGAAGUCGUGACGGAACUGACCACAAUAAAGUGGGGGGGGGGCAUCGUCAUCACAGUGAUAGAUAUUUUGUCAUUCAGUGACUAAUGAUUAAAUUUCUUUCUUAUUUGAAUGAAGGUUUGCUUUUAUGGAUUUCAUGCCAAGAAUGUUGAUGACUGAUGAUAGAAGACAAUAGUGAUGAGUGAUGACGAUUAACAAUUAUGGUAAUGACUGAUGAUUGGUGGUGAUUGGUUGGUGAAUGAUGAUGAUAAUUUUGCUUCAUUUAUUUAUCAUCAAAUAAUUAGUAAUUUAUAAUUAUUAUCCAAUGGACCCUAGUUCACCUGACACAAUCCUUUUUGGUAUUUAGUUACAUCCCUUCACAUUCCAAGUUCAAACCCCUCCAAAGUCAACUUUGUCUUUCCCCCCUUCCAAGGUUGAUAAAAUAAAGUACCAGUCAUGUGCUGAGGUUCUCCUGCGAAAUGUGUGACGCUGUGCCUAUGUCACAAACCAUUCAAUCUGGCAGAAUCGUUGGCACCAAAGACAAAGUGCUUAGUGCCAUUUUCUCCGUCCUUAGGUUCUGAGUUCAAAUUCCACUGAGGUCAACUUUACCUUUCACCCUUUUGGGGUUGAUAAAGUAAUGUACCAGUGAAACACUGGGGUUGAUGUAAUUGACAUAUCGCCUCCCCAAAAUUUCAAGCCUUGUGCCUAUAGUAGAAAGGAUUAUUAUUAUUAUUGUCAUCAUUAUUAUUAUUAAUAGGGCGAUGAUAUGACAGAAUCGUAAGAGUGUCAGAUGACUACCUUGUGAUAUUUGUUCUGCUUCUUUACAACUAAUCUUCCUUUUAGCGGUGGGGGGAGUCAACUAAAGAACCAGUGAAGCACAGGAGUUGAUUCAGUUGCAUAACCCUUUUCCCAUUCCCUAAAUUCCAAACAUUGGUCCUGUCUUAGAAUCACCAUGUGUGUUGUUUCUUGUUUUCCAUAAAUAAACCAUGGCUGGAAAAGAAAGGAAGCAACAGAUGGCAACAUUUGUGUUUAGUCCUUGACUUCUCCUCCUCCACUGAAAUUAUUUCAUCAUUUCUUUUGUCCACAUCUGAGGGUUGGUAAAUGUUUAUUUCUAUGCUACACCCUUUCCUUCCAACACAUCCAGCCUCACACAUCCAGUCUGUCAUGAAGUGAGCAAAACCCAGCAGACAAACAAAGGGCCUAAACAAAGAGGACAGGGAGCCAGCUCGGCUAAUUCGAACUUGGUUCUGCAAUGUUUUUGAUGGGUUUUUUGGUAUUGAUCUCAUCAUGUGACAUUAAUUUUUCAGCUUCACCUAUUCCUCCCACCCCUCCCUUUUGUCUCUCUCUCUCUCUCUUUAUUUUUAUCUGACAAUCGUUCACGUUUUCUCUACAAUAUUUCUGCCUUUCAUUUUGGUCUAAAUCUAUAGAACAAUGCAUCUGUUUUCUCCUGUUUAACUAUCUCUCCAUUAAAAGAACUGAAAUAACCAGAGUUCAAAUCCUAGGCCAGCCAUUUCACUUUUUUUCUGGAAUAUUUGAGUAAAAUCUCUGUUUGUUGGCAGCAUUUGUGUUUAUACUUGAUGUGAUGAUCUGUUGUACACAAGUCAUCAUUGCUGCACAUUAGCCAUCAGGUUGUGACUUCCAAAAGAGAUGCCAUCUUCUAUGUUUAGAGAAUUCCCCUCCUAAACAGAUUUUUAUUGCAGAAAUGGGGAUGAAAGAAGGUCUAGCUGACCAUUAGCCACACCUAUUUCCCCAGUAGCAGACAACAGCCUUCAUCUGUCAUCAGUUCUGGCCUUCCUACUAAUUAAAUCAGAGAUUUUUAAAAUGAAUGGUUAGGGUUAUAAACAUUAACGAAUGUAAUUAAAUCCAAGCACACAUCUACCCUUGGGAGUUGAUCAUUAUUGUCUCCGAAUGAAUUUAGGUUGUCUUACUAAAUGAAUUUCAUGUCUUACUAAAAAGUAAACAUUUGUUUAAAUUUCUAUGAAAGUUAAAUUUUUGCCAAGUUCUACACUCCACUAAUAAAGUUUUAUAAGAGUAAACAUACAUACACAGUCAAUAAAAUAAUAUAUUUAUAAGGCUGUGUAAACAUGCUAGUGGUAUCCCUCAGCAUACAGUUGAUACAAGGGAGAUAAUCAUUUCUCGAUACUAUUUGGUGGGAUUAAAUGUCUGAACGUAAGGAAUUAUGAAGAAGGUGCACAGAAGUCACAUAUUUAAUUUUUUUUUUUUUUUUACAAAAUUCUUAAAAUUUCUAGUCACUGAUAAUCAUGUAUAGCACCAUUUCAUCCGUUUUAGAAACCUUCAGUACACUCCACUGAUAGAACGAUAUAUAUGUGUGUGUGCAUAUAUAAAGUGUAAAAGUAAGGAGUUAAUAGAAUUGAAUAUAUUUAUUUAACAUCUUUAUGGUUAUGAACUUAAUAUAUAUAUAUAUAUGAAAGAAUGUUUAGCCUAAACAUAUUUCUGAAUAUUUAAUUUCUCUCCCAAACAUACAUGUUCACGUUCUAUAAAACAUCCAAAAGUCUUGUCCUACAUCUAAGACCUGUUCAAACACGACUCCACAGCAUCUCACAAAACAUAAAACAGUAAAUCCAAUGGUGUGUGUGUGUGUGUGUUUUAACUAUCUUCAGGACAUCAUGGCUUUUCCUCAAUGCAAUUACUUCCAUUUCAACACACAAUCUCAAAACUAAGUCAUUUCCAGUCAAAAAACACUUCUGACUCAAUAAUUCGUCUCCACUUGAUUCCACCCCACCCCCCACCACCACUUCUUGCAGCAUAAAGGAAUUAUCCUCAAAUGACAGAAAAUGAAUUGACUUAGUAAAUCAUUUUUUUUAUUUAUUCUAAUUUUAUUUCAUUUAAAAACGUUUCUUUUUUUCGUUAUUGUUUCCUCGUUAUUACAUAAUUAGAAAUUUUGAUGACAAAAUGCAUUUUCACUUCAAACUUGAUGCAUUCAGAUCAGACAAUAAAAUAUGUUGCUUAUAAA